AUGGCUCAUCUCCUUCUCCUCUCCUCUCCCUUAUCCAUCAGUUUGUGUUUCUUUGCUUGGUUGCAAGGUUUCUUGGUCGUUCAUGGCAAUACUAAUCUCACCCACUCUUCUUUCACGCCCAUUAAUCGUGAUCUGUACCAUUCCAGUGGGGAUUUGAUGGAAGAAAUAAAAGCUUUGGUCUUUCGUCACCCAGACCGGCUCACUUUCGAUACAAUUAAAUCUCGAAACAAGGGCUACUCUGCUGAGAUCGCAGUAGUUACCUAUUGCCGGAGAAGCCAAGAGACUGAUGACAGGCCAAAGUUUCGGAUACUUCUUAGUUUUGGACAGCAUGGAAGGGAGCUCAUUACAUCUGAGCUUGCUUUGCGAAUCCUUUCAAUCUUGAGUAAAGAACAGUUUCUACCCAACCUGGACCCAGCCUCCUUAGACCAUACCCUUGACAAACUCUUGAUAAAGAUGGUUCCUAUGGAAAACAUAAAUGGCCGCAGAAUUGUUGAAGCAGGAGAUCUCUGUGAGAGGAGAAAUGGGAGAGGAGUUGAUCUCAACCGUAAUUGGAGCGUAGAUUGGGGCAAAAAGGAGAAGGAUUAUGAUCCAUAUGAGGAAAAUCCUGGAACUGCUCCUUUCAGCGAACCUGAAACUCAGAUAAUGCGGAAAGUUGCCAUGUCAUUUGAUCCACACAUAUGGGUUAAUAUACACUCUGGAAUGGAGGCUCUAUUUAUGCCAUAUGACCAUAAGAACACAACCCCUGAUGGAGUUUCCUCGCACCAGAUGAAGUCAUUGCUUGAGGAACUCAACCAUCUGCAUUGCCAAAGGCGUUGCAUGAUUGGGUCUGGUGGAGGUUCUGUUGGGUAUCUGGCACACGGGACAUCAACUGAUUAUAUGUUUGAUAUUGUAAGGGUGCCAAUGGCUUUCACCUUUGAGAUAUAUGGAGAUGGAGCAGCAUCAUCAAGAGAUUGCUUCAAAAUGUUCAAUCCCACUGACUUUGGUACCUUCAAUAGAGUUCUCAAUGAAUGGUCUGCGGCAUUUUUCACAAUUUUUAAAUUGGGGCCAAACCAGCUUGGUGAAAAUUAUUCCAAGGCUUCUGUGCCCACCUUAGACAAGUGGGUAUCCAUAGAUGAGUAUCUUGACGGGUACUUAGUUGAGAGGAGUAGCAGAUAUGGAAAGAAGAUGGAGGUGCUUGAAUUAGGAAUGCAGGAGAUAAGAACAUAUUUCAGGCUCUUCUUGUUAUCUUCCGUCCUGUUAUUGUUCAUGUUCUGUUCCAGAAUUUCAAAAGGAAAGUGUGCUAGACCAAUUGUUUCUGCUAUUGCACUCUGA